UCACGGUUCAUUUAUCAAGGGAAUACCAGUUGUCCUGUUUGAAGGUCUUUUGACUAACAUCGAACGUAAAAUGCAGCUUUUCCCAUUCACUAAAAGUGGCAGUUAUAAUGUUCGAGCUGUAGGGAGCUUAGAUGUAGAAAACUUUUUUGGUUCCUUUCAAGACAUAGACCCAAAGGGAACUGGGGUUUUUCGACCCGAUGAUAUACCGAGUGCAUUGGCUGUUGCUGCAGAGCUCAUCGACUCUAAAUUAGACCCUAACAGGGGUUUUCACAUGGACACAUCUGCGACUCAAAAGGUGUAUCCAGUCAACGACAGGCUACCAAUGGAAACGGAGGAGAGAGAAGUUAACGAGUUAUCUGAUGUAAUUUGGAGGGAUUUGACCACAAUUUAUCCAAUAAAUCAUGAGUUCGACAAAGAAGAGAGGACCAGAUGUAAACAAAAAAGGAAAUCGUCAACAGUUUCCAAACCAGACGAACCCGGUCGAGGUUGUUUACCAGUCCGAGUUUUUCAUAAACGUGACGAAACAAAAAUUCUUCCCCAUGUAAGAAGGGGGCUUAAAUUGACAGAGUAAGAGAAAGGGGCCUAGACACAGUUGUACUGGAGUGUUGAUAAAAUAUAAGGAUAAAGUUUAAUGUGAUUUGUGUCAAUGAAACGCUACCCAGUCACUUUGCGAAAGGAACAAUGAUUAUAGCUUAUAAUAGAUAUCAAUACAGUCAUAUACUAUUUUGUCGAAUAUGAUACAAUAAUAUAAUAAUAUGAUAUGCAUAGCUUUUCCUUAUUCACAUAUAGUAUGGUGUAUAAUUUUCAUUUUGUUGUAAAAACAAGUGUUGUAAAAACUUAAAAAAUAUCUGUAAAUUGUUUAAAAGUGUUCUGAAAUUAAAAAAAAAAAUAUCUCGAUUUAGUAUUUCUUUAAAUAU